AAUGCGACUUUAUCCAAAAUCGUAAACCGCCACUAAACCGGAAAAGGAAAAAAGCUUAGUUUUGUUUCCGAUGGAGUCACCAGCAGCAGCAGCAGCAGCGAAGCCGGCGAGAGGAGGAGCAGGAGGAAGAAAAGGAGGAGAUCGCAAGAAGAGCGUCACCAAAUCCGUCAAGGCUGGUCUCCAGUUUCCCGUCGGCCGCAUCUCUCGCUACCUGAAGAAAGGCCGUUACGCCGUUAGGUACGGCGCCGGCGCUCCCGUUUACCUCGCCGCCGUUCUCGAGUACCUCGCCGCGGAGGUUUUGGAGCUGGCGGGGAACGCAGCGAGGGAUAAUAAGAAGAACAGGAUAAACCCUAGGCAUCUUUGCUUGGCGAUAAGGAACGAUGAGGAGCUGGGGAAGCUUCUUCAUGGAGUCACCAUCUCAAGCGGAGGAGUUCUUCCUAACAUUAACCCGGUUCUUCUCCCCAAGAGAGCUGCUGGUUCUGAGAAAGCAGCUGCGAAAUCUCCCAAGAAGGCUUAGAAUAUUUGGUUAUAUCGAUCUAGAAGAAGAACAUCUUGUUUUUUUUAUUUGUUUUAGUGAUUAUGUAGGUUGUCUUUUGUAUGUUUAUCUCCGUUUGGUUUGUCUAUGAAUCCAAUGGAAGAUUAUGUUAUUAAAGCCAUUUUGUAAUGAAAGAAGUUACUUCUCGGUA